UAUUACUAAUUCCAAUAGUUCCAACCAAACCCAAUGCCAAUAAAUCAUACGAAACAGAAAAAGGGCAAUUAAAUGAAUAAAUGGAUCCAACUCUCUCUUAUCAGUGAGAUUUUAUCAAGGUUAAACUUGGCUAAAGACAAGCACUUAGCCCCAGAAAAAUUAAAAGUGCAGAAAACAGAAGAGAAUCAUAUAAAGAUUGCAAUAAAGUAUGGGAAAUGGGGUCAUCUCCCAUUUUUGAAAUGAAAAAGUGAUUGGAACAAUAAACAAAUUAUAGAGAGAGCUCUUUUAUGGGCUUUUGAGAAAUUAAUGUGCUUGUCCAAAGGCUCCAAAAUCUUACUUUCUCUCCAUACAAAGCAAUCCAAAUAGCUCCUUCUAAGUAGCUCCUUCUUCAGCAGUAAAGAAUAGGAAGGAAUAUCUUUAAUUGGUUGUCUCUUUAUUAAAGAAAAAGUUGUUCCUUUUUGAAUUCAAAAAACCCUCAAGAAGAUGAUUUAUAAUUGAAGCCCCUAAUUAUACAUAACCCAUUCUCACAAACAAUGAUCUUGCUUGUUUCUUGAGAAAACCUCCUACUCUCUCCCUUUGUUCACACUCAAAGAACCAGAAUUUCAUACCCCCUAUUAUAACAAAACCCCCACAUACUCCUCCUGUAACCCCUUACUCUCCAAUAAUUCUCUUUCUACCAUAUAUCCAAAUUAAUCCUUCCAAAAAAACCAUGUCUACAAUUCAACCACAGCAACAGCCAGAGCAACAAUCACAACCACAGCCACAGCAACAGCAGCAACCAGUUCUGGUUUAUCCAAACACUGUUACCAAACAGCCACCAAAUUCCCACCAUUCAAAUGGAUCAUUUGGAACGGUUUUCAUUGUCUUGGCCAUCAUAGUUGUAAUAUCAGCCAUUGCUUGCUUUCUUGGUAGGCUCUGCAAUCGUCGAGCUCACAAUUCGAACCCGAAGCCGCCGAAACAGAGCUCUCGUGCAAAAGAAGGAGGAAGUGAAGGUGGGAAUGGGAAGAACAACCACCACAACAAGAUUCGACCAAAAGAAAGACCAGGAAGUGAAUUUGGGAGUGGGACUAACGGCUUUCGGCAGAAAGAAGGAGAUCUUGAAUUUGGGCUCGAUAUGAGAAGUAAGCCCAAUGGAUUUAGAUCGGAUAGCAGAGGACAUGGUCAUGCUGGUAAUGGUUUCAGAUCAGGGAGUAGAGGACAUGGUGGUGACCAUGGAAUAAUUAAUGGAGGUGGUGGUGAUAUGAAAGUGGAUAUGAAACAUGGCUAUGUUGAUGAAGGAGGACUUAGAGCCAGUGCAUGAUAAACAGACACAGUGGCAGAAAUUAUUACUUUAACAUCUUUUAUUUUUUAUUUUUUUAGUCAUUUUUUUAGCUUUAAUUAAAAGAUGCUUCUGUUUUAUUUUUAGUUUUUUGGUUUCUCUAAAUUACCCAUUUCAAUUUGACCUAUUGUGUAAUUAUUAUGUUUUAUUGCCUCAUGCAUGUAUUUUAUAUAUAUAUAUAUAUAUGAUAUCUCAUCAUAUCUUCAUGA